AUGCCUACCGUGCACUUGUUGGACUAUGUCGCAGGAAACAUCCGUUCCCUAGUCAACGCGAUCAACCAAGUUGGAUACGAUGUGGAAUGGGUCAGAUGCCCAGAGGACAUUAAAAAUGCCGAUAAACUGAUCCUACCCGGCGUUGGCCACUUUGGCCAUUGUCUUUCCCAACUGGACAAAGGUGGAUUUUUGGAGCCUAUCCGACAGCACAUCGAGGCAGGGAAGCCUUUCAUGGGGAUUUGUGUUGGUCUUCAAGCUCUUUUCCAGGGCUCAGAUGAGGACAAGGACGUUCCCGGCCUAGGUGUAAUUCCCAUGCGAAUCCAAAAGUUCAACGACGCAUCGAAGAGUGUACCGCACAUCGGAUGGAACUCUGCUAUAAACACUGGGUCUGGUGGCGCAAAGGACCAGAGCUUUUAUGGUCUGAGGCCUACCAGCAAGUACUAUUACGUCCACUCAUAUGCGGCCCCCUACCACCCAGGUGUAUUGGAAAAUGAUGGCUGGUCUGUGGCUACAGCAACUUAUGGCGAGGAAGAGUUCAUUGGCGCUAUCAGUCGGGGUAACGUCUUUGGCACACAAUUUCACCCAGAGAAGAGUGGUGUGGCCGGGCUGCGGGCCCUUCGCGCAUUCUUGAACGGCGAUCAAUUUCAAUCGCUGCCGCAGGAGUUGAUCAGUCGCAAAGAAAAUGGGCUCACUCGCCGGGUGAUUGCUUGCCUUGAUGUCCGGACAAACGAUUCCGGGGAUCUGGUCGUUACCAAGGGUGAUCAAUACGACGUCCGGGAGAAGAGUGGCACGGAAACCGGCGGCAACGUUCGUAACCUCGGGAAGCCAGUGGACAUGGCCAAGAAGUAUUAUGAGCAAGGCGCCGACGAGGUGACUUUCCUGAACAUCACCUCUUUCCGAAACUGCCCUGUCGCGGACACGCCUAUGCUUGAGAUCCUACGCCGAACUUCGGAGACGGUAUUUGUUCCUUUGACCAUUGGCGGAGGAAUCAAGGACACCGUCGACACCGACGGUACUCAGGUACCUGCCCUAGACGUGGCCACAAUGUAUUUCAAAUCCGGGGCCGACAAAGUCAGUGUUGGCUCCGAUUCUGUCUUUGCUGCCGAGGAUUAUUAUAAAGCUGGUGAACAGUUGAGUGGUCAGACCGCAAUCGAGACGAUAUCACAGGCCUAUGGCAAGCAGGCUGUGGUGGUAAGCGUCGAUCCAAAGCGGGUAUACGUGGACAAGCCGGAAGAUACGCCCCACCACACGAUCAAGACCCAGUUUCCCAACUCAAGCGGACAAAGCUAUUGCUGGUACCAAUGUACUGUCAAAGGCGGCAGAGAGACUCGUGAUAUCGAUGUCCGGCAACUUGUGCGGGCUGUGGAGGCUAUGGGAGCCGGUGAAAUUCUUCUGAACUGCAUUGAUAAGGAUGGAAGCAACAGUGGUUUUGAUUUGGAAUUGAUCAAUGAUGUCAAAGCUGCGAUCAAGAUCCCAGUUAUCGCUUCAAGCGGGGCUGGUGUCCCUGAGCACUUCGCGGAGGUUUUCAACCGGACGACCACCGACGCAGCAUUGGGGGCAGGAAUGUUCCACCGCGGCGAGUAUACCGUCACCCAGGUGAAAGAUCACCUUGAAAGCCAGGGAUUCCUAGUCCGACAAUUCGAGGCCGAGGUAUGA